AAAAAAAAACAUUUUGUGUGUAGCGAUUGACGGACAACUUCGUAGCGUAAAGAAAAAAAUCUUUUAUCGUUCUUUAUAGAUAUAGUGUUCACAAAUGGCUAAAAGGAAGAAUAAGCCUUUGAUAGAUUCUGAUUCAAGCAGCGAUUGCUCAGAUUUGGACUCUCAAUUCUUAAAUCUGGCAAAGAAGAAAAAGAAACCAGGAGAGUCUCCACCACAAUCAAAAUCAAAUAAUAAAUCAUCAGACAGUGAAUCUGACUGGGAUGAUGAUGACAAAAAAGAUGGCAAAUCAUCUUCAUCGUCAAACUCUGAAUCGGAGAGUGAUGCAAGAAGUGAUACUUCUAAAAAGAAAGAUCCACCGAGACCUGCGAGGAAGUCCUCAUCGGAUCACAUGGAUGAGGUCAAAAAGAAACCGGAACCGAAAAAGGUUGAAACCAGAAAGAGUAUUGAUAGUGUUGGAUCGGUUAAGAAAAAAGAUACUUACAGUGAACCUGAAGAAGGUGAAGUAUCCUCACAUUCAUCAGACAAUGAUUCAAUAGACUCUGAAGAGGAAUUUGAUGAUGGUUAUGAUGAGAAUUUAAUGGGAGAUGAAGAGGACAGAGCGCGUCUGGCCGCCAUGUCCGAGAAAGAGAGGGAACAAGAGAUAUUCAAACGUAUUGAGAGGAGAGAUCUUAUGAAGACAAGAUGGGAGAUAGAACGGAAACUCCGUUUAGCGAAGCGCACUGCGGCGGAGCGCGGCGCCUCCCCCGCCGAGCUGGCGCGCCGCAGGGACGCAAGGAGGAGGAGACGAGCGCAGAAGAGAGAAGCGCCGCGGGAGACUGAGCGGGAGAGGACCGCAGAGGAGAGGGAGAGAAUGGACAGAGUGGAGAGGAGAGAAUCUGAAUCAGAACAGCCAAAGGAAAUGGAGAAAGAGAACGAAAGUAUGGAGCAAAGUCCUGGAGAAAUAAUGGAUGACCAGAAAGAUAAUGAAUCUCGUUCCGCAUCUCCGCUGUUCGGGGCGAAGUCCGAGGGGCGGAAGCGCAACGUGGACGACCGCCGCCAGAACGCGAUGGCGGCGCUGCGCGCGCAGAGAGACGCCAAGGCGACCAGGACUGAACACAAGCAGAGGAAGAGACUGGAAGAGGAGAAGGACAAAGAUGAUGACGAUGAUGCGGAUGCGGAAAUAAUUGGCGGUACAAGUAAACAGAGCGUCAAGUUAAAGGCUUCGGAUAUUUAUUCCGAUGAUUCCGGCUCUGACUCCGAAGAUAACAAAUCACAAGGUCGUCGCAGUUCCAGCAGCUCUUCAUCCUCAGGCGGAGAAGAAGAAGAGAAGAAGAGAGAGGAAGUGGAAAUCAAAUAUGCGGAUACAAGAGAUCAGAUCAAUAAACUUAGGUUAAGCAGGUUUAAGUUAGAAAGACUAGUUCAUUUGCCGUUCUUCGCUCGUGUGGUCACAGGGUGUUUUGUGCGCAUCGGUAUCGGAAAUAAUAACGGAAAUCCUGUAUACAGGGUGGCAGAAAUAAUAGAUGUAUACGAAACAGCAAAAGUGUACAAUUUAGGUAAUACUCGUACUAAUAAAGGAUUAAAAUUACGUCACGGGACACAAGACAGGGUGUUCAGAUUGGAAUUUGUUAGUAAUCAGGAAUUCACAGACAAUGAGUUUGUGAAGUGGCACAAGGCGAUAAGAGACGCGGGCAAGAAAGCACCCACAAUGGACUUUGUUAGGGGAAAGAUUAGUGAAGUUAAAGAAGCACUUAUGUAUGAGUUUAAAGAAGAAGAUAUAGAGAAGAUAGUAGCAGAAAAAGAGAGAUUCCGAUCUCAUCCUACAAACUACGCUAUGAAGAAAACACAGCUUAUGAAGGAAAGAGACGUCGCACAACUCAGAGGCGAUGAUGAAUUAGUAAUGGAUUUAAAUGCUAAAAUACAAGAAUUAGAGGACAGAGCGAGUCAAUUGGACAAAACAAGAACAUCCUCUAUACAGAGUAUUUCAUAUAUAAAUAAUAGGAAUAGGAAAUUAAAUGUGGAAACUGCAGAAAAAGCUAUAAUGGAAGAGGUAAAAGCAAAUAAAGGUAAAAAACAAGACGAUCCAUUCACAAGACGACAUACAAAGCCCGUUAUGAACUUCAAAUCUCAUCAAGGAGGACGUACUCAGGAGUUAAUGAGGAAUGAAGAAGCAGCGAUAGAAGCGCAGCGGCAGAGGGAAGAAGAAGUAAGAGCGGAGAGGGAGAGGCAAGAGCGAGAUAGACUGAUAUUGCAACAAACAGAACCAGAAAGACCUAAACGUGACAAAACAAAUUCUUCAGAUAAUACAAGUUUAUAUUCUCUACAUGAUUUCGAUAUAAAUAUCGAUUUGGAUCUACCUGUAGCCAAAUCAAUGAACGCUCAGCCGAAACAAGUGUCUGGGAAAGUGAAAGAAACAGGACCAAAAAGGUCACUUAAUUUGGACGAAUACAAGAAAAGACACGGACUUAUAUGAGUUUUGUUAAUUUUGUGAUAGCAUUUGAAGUGUUGACGGGAUGAAAAGAACAUUUUUAUCUAGAUUUUUUAAUAUCUAGAUAGUAAAAUGAGUUAAGAUAUUUAUAUUAGUGAAUAGAUUUUGAUUUUUUAACGCUAGUUGCUAGAAUUUCAGUUUUUUAGGUGUUUGAGAGAUAUUUUUUUAUUCUCUUUCCCGAGUAUUGAAGCAAUAAAAUAUAGUGCCUAAAGCAUAUGUACAAAUAUUAUAUAAAUACAUUCGAUUUACACGUUUUUUCCAUACAUGGUCCUUCGAGUCGGAUUUUUUAAAUUCAAUAUGCAGUAAUUUUAUAACUACCGCGUGUUUAAAUAAAUUUGU